CAGACAUUGUGAAAGUAUGACCGAUAGAAACAUAUAAAUAUAAAUUAAUACAUUUAAAUUGACUUGGAUAUGAAACAUAUAGAGAUAUCAACAUUGGGAGUUUUUUUGUGGUGUUUGUGCCCACGUUAAGAGGAAGCAUACUUAUUUCCGCUGACAGAUCACGCCGUUGUCAGUGCAGAAAUCUGGUCAAUAGGAAUUAAGGGUCAGUUAGAGAUAUCUGUGGUGUCUAUACUUUGUGGUGGAGUUUUACCCUCGCACAACGUCCAUACAGGGAUGCGUGGUUGAGGAAUAUGGAUGACAAAAACAAAGAACUCGCUGGAACUGAACUACAUCUCCGAGAACUGAAAGAUGAAAUUAGGUCAAGUUUUGAGAAUGUUGAGCAGACUGUAGAUGCGACGAGAGAAGAAGAAACUUGCGAAAGAAAGCCAACACAGACUGACCAUCUCAAUAAGAAACUAUUAUCAUCUUUCUUAACACGCCUUAACAACGCCGAUAAUACCGUAGCCUUUGGUUUGCAAGCUAACUCAUCGAAUGAGGAUACAGCUUCGCGUGAACCAGACCACCAGGAGUUUGUUGACUGAUUGGAUGCUUACUAAGCUUCAUUUUUUGUGACAAAUAAUCAGCCGAUUAUUGAUUUAUUUGUUAGUUACCUGCCCUUUAAUUUUUGUACUUUGUAACAAGAGUUUAUUUCUGCCACUGCAGUAGCUAUUAUCUAUGUGCAUUUAUUUCCCCUCUUUGUGGAAACAAAACUCAGAACAUUGUUACUCAGUGUAAUAAGAAUACUACAACAAAGAUGACAGACAGCAAGUUAACGACACUAACAGAGAAGAAAGUUCCAGCUUUCCUCGUUGUAGGAAUCAGUGGGUAUGUUACUAUGCUGCUGAACCAGAACUUCAUUAACAGUUAUAGAAAGGUCACAAAUGGAGGGAAAUCAACUGCUGCAGAAAAAUUGAAAAAUCUGUUUCCUAAUGCUAACAUAAUGUCCCAGGAUGCAUAUUUUAUGGAUCCUGAGGAUGAAAGGCUGCGGCUUCUACCCCAAUUAAAUGGGCAUGAAAAUUGGGAAUCCUUGGAUGCUAUUGAAAUGGAUCGAUUGCUGCAGGAUGUAGACAAAUGGAUGACAGAUGCCAUGUCAUCAAAACAAGUUGGCACUGUACCCUUGUUGAUUAUUGAAGGCUUCCUCAUUUUCAACCAUUGUGUUUUAGCAAACUUAUUCCACAGAAAGUACUUCAUUCAGAUUGACAGGAGUACAUGCAUAAACAGGAGGCGCUUUCGAACAUAUAAUCCGCCAGAUGAACCUGGCUACUUUGAAGAAGUGGUAUGGCCAAUGUAUUUAAAAAACAAGGCAGAGUUGUCCGCACAGCAUGACAUAGUUUAUCUAGAUGGGACCAAGAGUCCAGAUGACAUAGUGUCACAGAUAGCAGAAGAUAUCAGAUGGUUCACAGACUCAGGGUGCCCACUGGUCGAUCCCAUUUCUGUCCCUUGCCUUUUAUCAGGGCUGGAUGUCUCACACUAGCAACUAGCACAUCAAGCAUUUUUGUACAACUUUUUACUCACCAUGCUAUUGUUUAGCUUCGUUUGAUGUGACAAGCAGCUGGUUUUUCUCAUAUUCUCAAUAAAGCUGAUGCAAGAGCUGGAAAGAGCUUUUAAUGUUGAAACUUGCUACCAACAUUUGGUAAAUAAACAACAUUCAUAUUUU